GCUGGGGGCUGGGAGAUCCGUGCCCGCCGCCGGGCAAGCCUGAGCCGCAAUGGCUGAGAUGGGCAGCAAGGGGGUGACGGCGGGGAAGAUCGCCAGCAACGUGCAGAAGAAGCUCACUCGGGCGCAGGAGAAGGUCCUCCAGAAACUGGGGAAGGCGGAUGAGACGAAGGAUGAGCAGUUUGAACAGUGUGUCCAGAAUUUCAACAAGCAGCUGACCGAGGGCACCCGCCUGCAGAAGGACCUCCGGACCUACCUGGCCUCGGUCAAAGCCAUGCAUGAGGCUUCCAAGAAGCUGAACGAGUGUCUGCAGGAGGUGUACGAGCCCGACUGGCCUGGCAGGGAUGAAGCAAGCAAAAUCGCUGAGAACAAUGACCUGCUCUGGAUGGAUUACCACCAGAAGCUGGUGGACCAGGCGCUGCUGACCAUGGACACAUACCUGGGCCAGUUCCCUGACAUCAAGUCACGCAUCGCCAAGCGCGGGCGGAAGCUGGUGGACUACGACAGUGCCCGGCACCAUUACGAGUCCCUUCAAACCGCCAAAAAGAAGGAUGAAGCCAAAAUUGCUAAGCCUGUCUCGCUGCUUGAGAAAGCCGCCCCCCAGUGGUGCCAAGGCAAACUGCAGGCUCAUCUCGUAGCCCAAACUAACCUGCUCCGAAAUCAGGCCGAGGAGGAGCUCAUCAAAGCCCAGAAGGUGUUUGAGGAGAUGAAUGUGGACCUGCAGGAGGAGCUGCCAUCCCUCUGGAACAGCCGUGUGGGUUUCUAUGUCAACACAUUUCAGAGCAUUGCGGGCCUGGAGGAAAACUUCCACAAGGAAAUGAGUAAGCUCAACCAGAACCUCAAUGAUGUGCUCAUCAGCCUGGAGAAGCAGCAUGGGAGUAACACGUUCACAGUCAAGGCCCAGCCUAGAAAGAAAGCUAAACUGUUCUCCCGGCUGCGCAGAAAGAAGAACAGUGACAACGCACCCGCAAAAGGGAACAAGAGUCCCUCCCCGCCGCCUGAUGGCUCUCCUGCUGCCACCCCCGAGAUCAGAGUCAACCAUGAGCCCGAGCCGGCUGGCGCAGCCACCCCCGGGGCCACCCUCCCCAAGUCCCCGUCUCAGCUUCGGAAAGGCCCACCAGUGCCUCCGCCUCCCAAACACACCCCGUCCAAGGAGGUCAAGCAGGAGCAGAUCCUCAGCUUGUUUGACGACACGUUUGUCCCCGAGAUCAGCGUGACCACCCCUUCCCAGCCAGCAGAGGCCUCGGAGGUGGCUGGAGCCCAGGAGCCCGGGGAGACGACCGCAAGUGAAGCAGCCUCCAGCUCUCUCCCGGCGGUGGUUGUGGAGACCUUCUCGGCAACUGUGAACGGCACGGUGGAGAGCGGCAGCGGGGCGGGCCGUCUGGACCUGCCCCCGGGGUUCAUGUUCAAGGUGCAGGCCCAGCACGACUACACGGCCACCGACACGGACGAGCUGCAGCUCAAGGCUGGGGACGUGGUCCUGGUGAUCCCCUUCCAGAACCCGGAGGAGCAGGAUGAAGGCUGGCUCAUGGGCGUGAAGGAGACUGACUGGAACCAGCACAAGGAGCUGGAGAAAUGCCGGGGCGUCUUCCCCGAGAACUUCACCGAGCGAGUGCAGUGAGGGUGCGGCUGGCGGAGCUCUGGGCACGUGAAGAACAGCACCUUCUCCCGAAAAAUGUGUGUUUCUUUCUUUCUUCUUUUUUUUUUUUUGUUUUGUUUUUAAACUUUUGAGAAGUAAAAGGGAAAUUGAGAGGAGAGACCUAAGCCAGGAGGUGUUCUCCCAAAGCUGAGGUUGUUUUCCAAAGAGCCUGGUUUCGGCGAGUCCAGCAGUCACCAGUGUUCCUGAAGCUGCUGUGUUCCCUAGCUGAGUUCCUGGCCGCCUCCCCCGCCCUCGCCCACUGGGUGUCACCGCUGCCGCAGCUUGAGUACCCAACCACAGGGCGGGGCCUGGGGGCCACCGAGCCACCACGCUUGCCUGAAGCUUGGGCCGUGCCACCUGGGCCAGGGUCUCCUUUCCUGGCAGCUGCCGUGGGUGAGGUCCAGUGUCUCCAGAGACUUCGGGCCCAGUCACCAGCCUGGCCUGGCCCAGCCCCGCAGAUGUCUGUGUGCUGUUUGAAAAUAAAUCUUAGUGUUCAAAACAAAAUGAAACAAACAAAAACUGACAGAAGCACUCAGAAA